AUGAAAUCUCCACAGCCCGCAACAGUCUACGACGUGGAUGAGGAUGACAAUCCCAUCCUGCAGAGCACAAUAUCCGCAACUCGAAUGACCCCAACAACACCGAAUUCAUCCCCCUACAGUAGUAGAACCAGAAGCAGUCCCCCAACACCCCAGAAAUGCAUCUUUGGCAAGUCCAUUUGCAGAGGUCCGAUCGAGGAGAUGGUGAAGGUCUGCAAGCAGGACCCACACCCCUUCACUAUUUUCACCAGAAGUCCCGAUACGAGUUUGGAACGCAAUGAAAUCCAGGGAUAUCAAUUUAGAAAGGUUUUUUUCAGGGAUGAAAAUGAAAUUUUAAAUCCUGAGGCGAUUUAUGACCGGGGGCGAGAUGUUCGACUGACGGCUUUCAUAUCCAAGAAGGACGAAGGGCACCCAGACCCCAGGAUAUACGUAGAGCAGCGUAUUUAUGAAGGCAGACAAGAGAAGAUCAUGGGCCAUGAACUUGUAUUUGGGGGGAAAAUUCAAUUCGAUGUCGAGUACGUAUUUCCGGCUUGUGGGGACGAAAAGCGUGAUCUGCGCCUUCAAAUCAAAUCACUUGAACAGGAACUCUUCCACAGCUACAUGCGGCACGCAAAAUACUAUGGCUACGAUGUCAUAGACCAUGUCGAGAUUCACGGAGAUCAGAUUGCUCAAGGCCUGACGUAUCCGCUUCAGCAUAAUAAGGUAAAAGUGCCUAAUCAGAUUUGCCUUAAUGCCGAAGAUCUUCAAAUUCUUUUAGAUGCAAAGCGAAACAAGUUGUCGCCGGGUGGUGUUUUAUAUGGCGAAGAGAUAGAGCUCCUUCAGCUACACUUCACCGGCCUCGGAGUGUGUGCGAAGGACGGAUCACAUACGGGGGACCUUUACGUUCGAGUUAUCUACAGAUCAUGCUAG